UUUUGAAGCAUAUAAAGGUCGAUGGUCUCACGCGUUGAAAAAGACUGUGACGAUCAAUGGCAAGCAGCGCCGUUACAUUAUCCGUCUGCCGGACAACUACGACAAGAACAAGGAAUAUCGUCUGAUCUUUGGUCUUCACUGGCGCGAUGGAGACAUGACCUCCGUAGACGGUGGAUCCGCACCAUACUACGGACUCAAGGCACUUGCUCAGAACAGCGCCAUCUUCGUCGCUCCGGAUGGACUGAACAAGGGCUGGGCCAACCAAGGUGGUGAGGACAUCACCUUCAUCGACACUAUCCGCCAGCAAAUCGACAACGACCUCUGUGUCAACGAGAAGCAGCGCUUUGCUCUGGGCUUCUCAUAUGGCGGUGCCAUGAGCUUCAGUCUGGCGUGCAGCAAGGCCAAGGACUUCCGAGCCGUCGCGGUGCUUUCGGGCGCAACGCUCUCUGGAUGCAACGGUGGCAAUGACCCAAUCGCUUACUACGGUCAACAUGGUGUUAGGGAUAGCGUUCUGCCGAUUUCAAUGGGCCGCGAUCUCGUGAACCGUUUCAUUAAAAACAACGGAUGCCAGAACACCCAGCUCAGAGAGCCGGCCAGGAACAGCAACCAGCGCGUUACCACAGUCGUACAGGGCUGCAAGCCCGAAUACCCCGUCCAAUGGACUGCUUUUGACGGUGAUCACGUCGCUCUUCCCGGGAGGAACAACGGAAAUGAUGCUGGACCCAACAGCUUCACCCCAGAGGAGGUUUGGAAGUUCUUCACGGCUCUGCAGUAAGGGACGGGAAGUGGAAAACAUGUACAUACGGAACUGGAGUGACUUGCCAGUUUAGAACUGCGCGCCGCCAUAUGUAUAUAACUCAUGAUAUAUCAUGGAAUGGAUGCCUUAAGGUUGAUCCUCACAGACGUGUACCCCAGACUCGUUUCUUCUUUCGCGCACACUCCCACUAAGCCGAUUAGGUUAUGCAGCUAAACAUAAAAUAGGGGGGACUCCGGCUCGACCCAGUCAGGUGGAUUAGCCGUUACCCUGGUGUGAAG